AUGCAUUUGGUAAAUGAUUCUAUACAAUUAUUGUCAUCACUACUGAAUUCUGGGCCACGGUAUUAUUCCAUUGGACAUUGUAAUCCAUCGUUACCGGUGAAUUCGAGUUGCUGUAACAUCUCGGGAAUCCCGAAGGAAUUGAGAUCAAAUCUAUUUUCUGGAUCACAUUUGUCAUCUCAGCGUACAAAAUACAGGGAAGAAGACGGUCAACAACGAAUUUUCAAGCAUUUGUUGUCAAACGAAAACACAUCAGUGGUUAUUUGUUUGUAUCAGUUUGCGAAAAGUAAAAAACUUAAAUAA